GGAGUGGUCGAGUCUAGCUCACUCUCGCUCCUCGCCCAGCACUAGUCAGCCGGCGGCCCGUAACCCGACCAGUCUCACUCGUGCCCGUCUUACGACAAACGUCAAAGAAGCUCAGCCAUGGCUUGCCCAGAGUAUGCCACUUUGAACAAUGGUGCCAAGAUGCCCCUCCUCGGCUAUGGCACAUGGCAGGCCAAGGAAGGCGAGCUGGAGGACGCGCUGGAGGAGGCCCUCUGCGCCGGCUACCGCCACAUCGACACGGCGGCGGCGUACGAGAAUGAGGCCGUGAUCGGGAAGCUCAUCAAGGAGCGCUGGAUGGACUCGGACAACUUGACGCGCGACGAGCUGUUCAUGGUGACCAAGCUGCCCCUGCCCGGCGUGCGCCCCGGUGGCCCCGAGAAGUGGCUCAAGCGGUCGCUGGCCGCCCUGCAGAUGGACUACGUGGACGUGUACCUGGUGCACGCCCCCUUCGCCUUCGAUGCCGUGGGUGAUGACCUUCACCCCAAGGGGCCGGACGGCAAGCUGCUGGUGUCCCCGGACGCAGAUCUCGUCGCCGUGUGGAGGGAGAUGGAGGCGCAGGUUGACGCGGGCCGUGCCAAGGCCAUCGGCAUUUCGAAUUUCAACCAGCGGCAGAUCCAGCAGAUCCUGGACGUGUGCCGUAUCAAGCCGGCCAACCUGCAGGUAGAGCUGCACGUGUACAUGCAGCAGCGCCCGCUGGUGGAGUUCUGCAAGAAGAACGACAUCGUGGUUACGGCUUACUCGCCCAUCGGCACGCCUGGUACCGGCACUCUCGCCGCCAAGCAGGGCUUCAACAUCCAGAUGCCUGACCUUAUCAGCAACCCUGUGGUGGCGAAGGUAGCGGCCAAGUACAACAAGAAGCCUGCACAAAUUCUGCUCAAGCACAUCGUACAGCGCGGUAUUGCAGCCAUCCCUAAAUCUACCAAUCAGGACCGUAUCAUCCAGAACAUCCAGCUCUUCGACUUCACACUGAGCCCCGAGGACGUCGCCGAACUGGACGCGCUUGACCAGGGCAAGGAUGGUCGUAUCUUGGAUUUCCUGUUCCUAGGAAUUACGAAGGACCACGUUAUGUACCCAUUCAACGAGUACCCGUGAGCGAGCGACACCGACGCACCGCACCUACAUUGCACUGAACCAAAAGUAUUACUGCUGGGCGUUUACUCACUUUGAAAUGAUUGUGAUAUUUUAUUGUACGUUUGUGCCUUCGUGUUUACUGUAUGACGCAUUUCAACCAAUACGCUUAAAGACAAUGUUAUGUAUUCUGUCGUAUAAAUUUUAUUUAAUUUUAUUUUAAAAA